AUGCCCGCGUUUCGAAAAACACCCCAACCCGGUGCCUUGCCCCUCUUUUCGACAAAUCCUGUGCUCGAACGGACCCAGUCGCAAUGGUUGUUCACGGCCGAGGAACUCUGUCGAUCCCCAAGCAUCCUCAACGGAAUGCCAGUCGCGCAAGAGUUGGCCAACAGACAGAAAGGAGUCAAUUUUAUAACACAGGUUGGGAUCAUGUUGAAACUGCCUCAGUUGACUCUCGCGACAGCAUCCGUGUAUCUACAUCGAUUUUUCAUGCGACAUGAGAUGGUUCAGCCUGGUCAAAAGGGACAGCAAGGGUUUCAUCACUACUCUGUGGCCGCCACCGCCAUAUUCCUGGCGACGAAAGUCGAAGAAAAUUACCGAAAGAUGAGAGAAUUGGUGGUGGCCUGUUGUCGAGUGGCCCAGAAACAACCGAAUCUGGUGGUCGACGAACAAAGCAAAGAGUAUUGGAAGUGGCGAGAUAAUAUCUUGCACAACGAAGAUUUGCUCCUCGAGGCUCUUUGCUUUGAUCUGCAACUUGAACAACCGUACCGAAUUCUGCUCGACUACCUCCGAUUCUACCGAGUCCAGGAGAACAAGUUAUUGCGGAACACGUCCUGGGCUUUUCUCAACGACUCGCUCGUCACUACCAUGUGCCUUCAAUUGACGCCGAGUGCAAUAGCCGGCAGCGCACUGUACAUUGGGGUCAAGUUUGCAGGAAUUACUCUUCCGGACGACGAAAGAGGAAGACCUUGGUGGGAACAAUUGGGUCUUGGUCUUCACGAUCUUCAGAGAGGAUGCAACUUGAUGGCAGAAGUCUAUGAGAAUCCUACAUUGCCGCGCCAAGGGCAAAAAGAAGCGUACACUAGAGACGAUGAUUUCUCCAUGUUCGAUCGAACACGCCAGGCCACCUCUCCCCAGCCUGACCGAUCUCCGGCUUUAAGUACGAGAAGCGGAAGUCAAGGUGCCAAGCGGGAUCGAGAUACAGCAGAUGACCCAAACUCGGGCGAGUGGGGGUCAAGCUUGACCGCUCGUCCGCCCGGAGAAAAUCUAUGGCAGCCCUCGCCCAAGAGAGCACGUCGAGACUCACGCGAUGACACCUCUAACCUGCCGGAGCGGGCGAUGCAACGAAUUCCCUCACGCGGAGUGGAUGAUCCAUCUGACCAUGAUUCAAGAGAACAUGUCGAUGAUGUACAGAAACGGAUUGACGACAUUGUCAACAAUUCAGCCUCCAGUCGAGUGCCACGACCGGGUCUGCCGCGAAGAGCCUCACACCAGCCCUCGUACCAAAGCCACUCGUCGAGAAGACAUUCCUCAUCGGGAUCGAAUUGGAAUGGCCCUCCGUCAUCGUCCAGCAAUGGCCAUCAAGAUCGGGUUCUUCCACAGAGCCGUCCAGUGAGUCGAGACAGCGACCACUACCAUCAAAAUGAUCAGUAUGACCCUCAAAGAAUGGCCAGCCGCAUACCACCGCCAUCGGUCAAUGAGAGGCCAUUUCCACCCCAACCGGAGCAGUUCCCGAACGGCAUCAAUGAUCUAGAUGACGCUGAAAAGGUUGAUUACGGAAGCGAAGAGGGCGAAUUGUGA